AUGCCCUGGAGCGAACUUAGAUCAAAGGAUCUCAACGCCGGAGUCGUCAUCCUCAUCCCCGAAAUACUGAAACCCACUGUUUUAUGCACCGCCAUUGCCCGGGGCGGACCAAACGAGUGGGCCUUCGCGUGGUCCCGGUACUUGAAAGUUCCGGAGAAGGAGAAGCAAAAGUACCUCGUCGCCCUCGGCUGCACACGGGACUCCUUGAUCCGCGACCAGUUCGUGACCGAGAUCCUGGGCAAGAGUCAGUAUCUGCCUAUCACAGAGGCCUUUCAUGUCAUCAACUCCCUUGGUUCGCACCCCCUCGAAGGACACACGGGCUGGAGUUUUCUUCAGAGCCACUGGGACGUCGUUACCAAUACGAUCGGCGAACAGUACUAUUUCCUCAAAAGUCUCAUUGAGAUGGCCACAAAAUCCUUCAAUACGGAAGAACAACGAAUGAAGGUGCAGGAGUUUCUGCAACUUCACAUGCUCGACGAAGCCAAGACGCAGGUUCUGGACCCAGUGAUCAGCCAGACAGAGGAGAACGUGGCUUGGAUGCACCGAAGCUACGAGGAUAUAUCACAAUGGCUUGACGAAAACGGCUUCUCGGACCUCAUUAUCUGAUCUGUUGUUAUUACCAUUUUGUUUUCUUCUACAGACCGUUGAAAUAACAUAUUUAUACUUAUUUUUUCUAAUUAUAAUUUAUUGGACAGAGCAAACUAAAAAAAAAAAAAAUGAUUUGUCUUCUUUACCCUUGUAUCAAGUUUCAGAUUAUAAAAUGUGCUGUUGAUAAAUUAUCAAGUCACCGUGCAAGUCAGAAAUCCAUAAACUAGUUA